AUGGAAAAGUUUGAGUAUUUGAAUGAGCUCCAAGUUGCUGCAGAGAAGCUGAUCCAAAGCUAUGGGUUCCGAGAUAUGGUCACGUUGUUCCUAAAAUGGGUCGUGUCCUUCGCUGCAAUUCUUGUGAUGAUAUUGGAUCGAACAAAAUGGAAGUCAACCAACAUGUUGACUUCACUAUUAGCUCCAUACCUUUUCGUUAGCCUUCCUCUUGUUAUAUUCCAUCUCUUCAGGACAGAAUUUGGGAAAUGGAUCGCUCUCGUCACUGUCGUUCUUAGACUGUUCCUCCCAAACAAAUUCCAUGAACUUGCAGAAUCGCUAGAGAUUCCAGGUGCAACGCUUCUGCUUAUCCUGGUUGCGCCGAAUGACAUCGUGGAAUCAUUCAGAGACAAUCUGAGAACGAGAGAUGUAGGAAACGUGUGCCUUUUCACGAGCGGUUACCUUCUUGAUAAACACACUAAAGCUUGUGGUGGUUACAAGAACUCAUUCACUCAAAAGGACAAAAUCACUUGCACCAUUUGUCUUUAUCUACUCUUUGUCUACCCUCUUUGGUCCGCAUUUGCUUACCUCUUCUAA